AAAUAAUUUAUCGUCCAUUUAAAUUUUACAAAACUCUCAUUGAGUUAAUUUCGGCGUUUACAUAUGCAAAUAAUCUGAUUUAAAGAAAUAAAAAUAAAUGAGAGAUACUGAAUAAAGAAAUGUAUAAUAAAUAUAUAAAAAUAGUUGUUCUUUCACUCACUUUCACUCACUGCCAGAUUGGAAAAUAAAUGUUUUUAAUUCCAAUUAAUAAUGCUUCCAAAAUCACCUCUGGCACCAUCUAUCAUUCAUUCAUUCAUCCACCUUGUGACUAAGAUCUCUCACCCUCUCACUCUCUUCACAAGUACUUUUUAAAUUAAAUUUCCUAACAAAUCUAUUUUCUCUCAUUUUCCACUUCUCAUCUCUACAAAAUUGCCCUAUUCAACUCUAACCUCCUUUAUAAUCUGAGUAGCGACAUCAAGGUUUUUGAUGUGAUAUCGAUCACAUUUGAUUGCGAUUCUCUAUAAUAUUUUUAUCAGAACUUUUUCAAUUAGGCUGCUUUUGCAACCUAAGUCGCGACAUCAAAGUUUUUUAUAUCUCCGUUUUUAUUGCAUCCGCAAUAAAAAUAUUGAUCGCCUACAAUAUCAAAAAUCACAAUGAUGCAAGACUCGAUCAGUAUACCUUCUUGCUUUUCAUCAGCUGAGAAGCUAAAUGAUGAUCACGUAGGCGGCGUGGGCGUGGCUCGUUCGGGGCAAAGUGUUUACAUGUCAGUAUACCGAACAAAAGUAGCCGAUCAUUGUCGUUUGAUAACAAUCACAUGGUGCAAAAAUCUGUUACUUCAUGGGCUAUCAAUAUCAUUAGAAGGUCCAGAAGGAGAAGCUCAAUAUACCUGCAAGAUUGAACUAAAACCAUGGUAUUUUUGGAGAAAACAAGGAUCAAAGAAGUUUCUAGUAGAUGGUAAUAAAGCAGUUGAUAUUUUCUGGGACCUUAAAGCUGCUAAAUUCAAUGGUGAAACAGAACCAACUUCAGAAUACUAUGUAGCUGUUGUUUGUGAUGAAGAGGUUGUUCUUCUUCUUGGUGAUCUUAAAAAAGAUGCUUAUAGAAGAACAGGUUGUAGACCAGCACUUAUUGAUCCAAUAUUGGUUUCAAAAAAAGAACAUAUUUUUGGUAAGAAAAAAUUCUCAACAAGAGCUAAGUUUCAUGAGAAAGGUAAAUGGCAUGAGAUUUCAAUUGAAUGCAAGAAUAGAGGAAAUGGAAAUGGUGGUGAAUCUGUUGUUGUUGGAUCAGUUCAUGUUCAACCAGAAAUGGAGAUAAGAAUUGAUGGUCAUUUGGUGAUUCAUGUGAAACAUUUGCAAUGGAAAUUUAGAGGUAAUGAAUCAGUUCAUCUAAGUAAAAUGAGAAUUGAAGUUUAUUGGGAUGUUCAUGAUUGGUUAUUUAGUCCUGGUUUAAAACAUGCUUUGUUUAUUUUUAAACCAAUUUUGUCAUCUACUAUUUCUUCUUGUUCAUCUUCUCCUUUAUCAAUUCAAGCUAGGAGUGUUGAAUCAGUUGAAGGAUUUAGUGUUAGUGGUUCAUCUGAGUUUUGUUUGUUUCUUUAUGCUUGGAAGGUUGAAUGAAAAAAAAGGGUCACAUCAAUUAGUAUUUUUUUCCUUUCUUUCUUAAUAAAAAAAAAAGUUUAAGUGCGCGCGUUGGAUCCUGAUGGUUCACUAAAGUCAUAAUAGACCUCAAAAUUACGGAUGUAGUAGUUACCUGAUAGUUCACUAAAAUCAGGAAAGACCUAAAAAGUUACAGAUUAUCUAUCAACGAGGUCCUUAUCAGGUAGUACUCAAUAGUCCUAAUCAAAUCCGGCAAAAUAAGGUUGGAAAAUGAAAUGGGUGACCAAAUUAUGGAAAAAUAAUGGAAUGGUGAGUGAGGAUGCAUAUUGAAAGAUGAUGACAAAUGAAAACUGAAAAAAGGCAAGUGGGGCCAAAAUGGGUUUGGGAGUUAGUUACAGCUGGUAUUGAGCAAAGAUAUACAUAAUUGCAAAACAAGAUAGAAUGUGUCACAUGCUUAAUAAUUCUCCAUAUAGAGCUAUCUACAUCUACACCAAGAAUUUGCACAAAUUGGAAAUGUUCUUUGUUGAUCUAAUCUUGGUAAUUGAACUAUAAAUAUAUAUGUUGGUAUAAAUUGGAGUAUUUUUGUAAAUAAGAAUGCAAUAAUCUAUGUAUGUGAAUCUCACGGAUAUUCAUAUUG